UUUUAUUCAAAUUAUUCGAUAUUGGAUUAUUCGCAUAUUACUUGUCCAUUUAAUAAAGCUCACAGAGUUCCUGAAAAAACGAUUGAAAAUCAUCUUGAGAAAUGCGAAUGGAAUACUCUUGGGUACACUAGGGACUGUAUUCCAUUUUCUGAAUCAUCACUGUUAUCAGAUGAUCCAUCAUCUAUAAAAUUUGAUAUUCAACUACAACAUAAAAUAUUACAGACAGCAAAACAAAAAGAUCCAGAAUUAAACAUAGGUAUAGAUGAAAAAUUAAUUCCUCAAACAUCAGAUAGAUUUAUGAGUGAUUUUACUACUGAUGAACGUAAGAUAUUAUAUGAAUAUGUAGUUUCCAAUACUAUUGCACCUAAUAUUGGUCAAGAUAUUACAAAUAUUAAUAAACCAGAAAAAACCAAUAAACAAUGUAUACCUAUAAUAGAACUUUUAGCACAAGAAAGAAAUUUAAAACGGCGUAGAGCUAAACAUAGAGGAGUUCAUACAAAUAAAAAGUCCCAUACUGAAAUUUUAAGAGAACUUGUUCAACAACAAAUGGAGAUGUUCAAAGAGCAUGUUUCCAAACAAUUUGGAAAUUCUAGUUGUGAAAAUACUGAAAAAAGUAAUUUUUAUUCUAAUGACGAUGAAGUCGAAAACAAAGAGAAA